AAAGAAUUGAUUGAACACGGUUUCUUUGUAAUUGAUUUUUAUACUCGUAUUCAAAUAUUCAAAUAUAGUGGAAUGAUGUCUUCACGCUGGUUGAUUGUUUUCUUAAUUCUUUCGCAAAUGCUUUAUAUCGAGAGCUCUAAACUAUCAGCUUUAAAAUAUAGCGGAAAAUAUUUUCCAAUGAAGUAUUUAAAAAUAGAUACUUCUCUCCCUAGUCGUAAGGAUUUGCAACAAUUUGUUACAACACUUAAGAAGUCUAUUGUUUUCCUGACUAAAAAUCCCAACAAUACGGAUUGUAACGUUGUCAUUGGAACUUUUGUAACGACGUGUGUACUUCGAAGAGCUUUGUUAGAUAGUGGUAGUAAAUUGAGCAAAUUCGAAUAUACAACAGUCAAGGAUAUAAUAAGAAAAGGGGAUAAUUACGUAUCACAUUACGUGUAUAGCAAUAGACUUUAUGGCUAUUGGGACUUGGAAUACAGAGUGUCAUUGCUGUACAAAGAUGCAAAUAUAUUCACAAACUCUAUGAAUUAUUUUAAUGAAAAUCGUUUAUCCAAGUGGAUACUUGGAGAUUUCGUAAUGCAUCCAUUUAUGAAAAGUAUCGAUAACGCAACACUGGGGAAGGACACGUACAUAAAUAUAAUUGAGUCCAUGCACAGAUACCACAUCAAUAUUACUGAAUCAGAUAUUUGUUUAUCGCGUAUAAUGGAAACACCUGAGCCACUAAACAUGAACCAGCUUCAACCGUGUCGACCUGAUGACUACUGUAAAACUUGCCUUUUAUCGAAACCCUCAAUUGGGUAUUCCCUUAGCCAUAGAUUACUAAAUAUGGUAUUUCGAAGAUUCGUGCGUCGUUGUUACUUGCAAUCGGCUAAUGAAGACGAGGAAACUCUUGAUACUUUGUGUGCCUUUAUGUAUCGGGAAUCGGUUUAUUUGGCACGACGCGGGUACUUCGCUAGAGAUAUGUUUUUAGAACAUGUUGCCCUAUGUGCACUAUUGGGAUACAAAGAAUUUCACCGUCUCCACUGGUUUAAGAAGGCUGCAAGUUGGGUAGAUGAAAAAGGCUGCAUGCAAGAGGACCGCAACUUCGAUAUAAAUCGAACUAGAAUUUAUAAAUCAGCUACAAAUAAUUCCAGAACAAAGAAAAAGUAUACAAAGAUGUUAAAAAGAUUAUUGUUAAGCGAUUGCCAUACUCACCCAAUGACUUUGUUGACUAUAGUAUUAGCUCAUGCGAUUCGCUACGUGGCGUAUUUAAUUUAAUAAAAUUCAAAAUAAUGCUUAAAAAUUUAAUAAGAAAAUAAUAUAUUGAUAUAGUCAAUAGCCCUUGCUCUUUAUAUAAAUUUCAUUGAUUUUAUAUUCACGUAGCCAAGAAUCCACCAUCGAUAGGCAAUUCGACUCCGUUGAUCAUACUAGCCUUAUCGCUUAGAAGAUAGAGUACUGCAUCAGAUACUUCAGAGACUUCACCAAAUCUGAAAAUAUUUUAAAAAAUGUGUUUUUUAUUUAUAAAAUGGUCAAUGGUGGAAUGAACUAGUAUUGUUGAAACUGUGAAAUUUUGUCAAAUGGUAAUUUUGAAACUCAUAAUAAAUUAAUAAGAGAGCUUGCAUUGAA